AUGGUUCUGAUUACUACCAUAAUUCAAAACUCUUUAUUGUCAUCAUUAUUUGCAUUACAUUGCCAAAGUGCUGCUAUUAUUCCCAAUUGCAACCAGGUGGUUCCAGUUGACUUCCAAGUUUCGUACCAUGAUCGCUUUGAUGACAAAGAUUUAUUCAUUGAUAAUGAAUUCAACAAGGAUGAAGGUUUAGCCAAGAGAGAUUAUAUCAAGACAAAUUUAAAGCGCAGGAAGAGCUACUACACUACCGAACUCAAGAUUGGUUCUCAAAAGAAGAAAGUCAAAGUUGUCAUUGAUACUGGAUCAAGUGACUUGUGGGUUCCUAGUUCGGAAGCUAAAUGUCUUGACAAUUCCAAAUGCAGAAGUGAAGGAGUUUAUUCAGUCGAAAAGUCCAAAACAGCAAAGAAAUUGAAUCAACCAUUUGAAAUCGAAUACCCUGAUGAUACAUCGGCUUCAGGGGUUUAUGUUCAAGAUACCGUGCGUAUUGGCAAAAAGACAAUUUCCCAACAACAGUUUGCUGUUGUUGAUAAGUCAUCGGCAAAGAUGGGAGCUUUGGGUAUUGGCUUGAAAUCGGAUGAAGAGACAAGUGAUAAUUCCACGUAUGAUAACUUUGUAUUCAAUUUAAAAAAGCAGGGGCUCAUUAAUAAAGCAGGUUACUCAUUAUACUUGCCCGAGAAGGAGAAAAAGUCGGGAACAAUACUAUUUGGUGGUAUUGAUGAAGAUAAGUGUUCAGGAAACUUGACUAAAUUUAUCGUUUCUUCGGACAAGUUGGCUGUCCCAUUACAAUCAGUUUCUUUUGAAAACAAGAAUUAUAAAAACGAUACUGAAGCGAUUAUUGAUUCUGGAUCCACAUUUUCAUACUUGCCCACAAAUAUCGUUGAUGGUAUAUCAGAUUUAUUGAAUGGAUCAUAUUCAGACAAAUUGGGAGUUUAUGUUGUCGACUGCAAAAAUAGGAGAAAGAAGAGUGGAUAUAUAACAUUCAAUUUCAACAAUGAAACUAGUAUAUUGGCUCCAUUGUCUCAUUUCGUUGAUUGUUUGAAAAAGAUCAAGAGUCAUGUACCUGAUCAUGAAAAGAAUCAUUGUGGGUUAAGUAUCUUGCGAGGCGAUGGUGAUGGUGAAACUAUUUUGGGAGAUAAUUUUUUGAGGAGUGCUUACGUUUCUGUAGAUUUGGAAGAUAAGACUGUUGGAUUGGCUCAAGUUAAACACUCAAAACAUCAUUCGUACAAGGGUAUUUAA